UUGUACAGAAGUGCGGAUGCUUUGGUCAUAACAAUCCAAUUUUACUGAGGGAAGCUUCUUAGAUCGUUUUCGUGUUAGAACACAACAGAACUUUAGAACUGUGCUUCGAACUGAGCAUGGAGGAACUGGCCCGGGAGAGUAUACGCAGCAUCAGUCUGCUAUCCAAACCUGCGCGGGGCUCGGACGUCCCGCGACUUGGAUCGUUUGGGGCCAUUUUCAUCAUGCUUAAAUCAGCCCUCGGCGCGGGACUCCUGAACUUCCCUUGGGCUUUUGAGAAGGCUGGCGGCGUGAACACGGCCAUCAGUGUGGAGAUGGUAUCUCUGCUGUUUCUAAUAAGCGGGUUAGUCAUUCUAGGCUAUGCCUCAUCAAUCAGUCGGCAGAACACCUAUCAUGAUGUGGUACGAGAGGUGUGUGGACACAGGAUUGGUCAUCUGUGUGAGAUCUGCUUUGUUUUCAACCUCUUCAUGAUCUCUGUGGCCUUUUUGGUGGUUGUGCAGGAUCAACUGGAUAAGUUGUGUCUGUCUCUGUAUGAGACAGUGACAGGAAAUACAGAAGGAGAGAUGCCAUAUCACUGGUACACAGAUCACCGUUUUGCACUCUUUGUCAUGUGCCUCAUUAUCAUCCUUCCACUCUCUAUUCCCAAAGAGAUCGGAAUCCAGAAAUACACCAGUGUAUUGGGAACUUUGGCUGCUACAUACCUGAGUGUAGCCGUAAUCGCAAAGUAUUAUCUAAAAGAUGAGCACACAGCAGACCUCACACCAGAGCACAGUCAAGGACUGGACUCGUGGGCAUCCAUCUUCAGUGUGGUUCCUACGAUCUGUUUUGGUUUCCAGUGUCACGAAGCUUGUAUUGCUAUUUACAGCAGCAUGGAAAACAAAAAGAUUACACAUUGGGUUUUCAUCUCAGUCACUUCUAUGAUUUUCUGUCUGCUUAUUUAUACUCUCACGGGUGUGUUUGGUUUUCUCACAUUUGGACGGGAAGUAGCCUCAGAUAUCUUGAUGUCAUAUCCUGGAAAUGAUGUAGUGAUGAUUAUUGCUAGGCUGCUGUUUGGUAUUUCGAUCAUCACCAUCUAUCCUAUAAUACUGCUUCUGGGAAGGUCAGUGAUUCUAACACAGAUAUUGCGCUUUUGGGAACGACGGGCCAUAAUUACAUCUGUGUUUGAGAGUCGGUGCCGUCUGAUUCUAACAAUUCUCUGGAUCACCGUGACUCUCCUCAUCGCCAUAUAUGUACCAGAUAUGAGUGAGGUCAUCAGCGUAAUCGGGGGAAUUAGUGCAUUCUUUAUAUUUAUUUUUCCUGGGCUGUGCCUCAUUUUUGCCAUGCAGACAGAACCUAUAAAUCACAGGAUGAGAUCCAUCUUGACAGGGUGGGGUGUGGUGACUGUCAUUACUGGAGCUUUUAUCUUUGGCCAGAGCACAACUAUAGCUGUUAUGGAGCUGACAGGCAAAUUUUAAUCUUCGUCAUGAUCUUCAUCAUCAUUUGGAAUAGCAUUGUCUUUUUAAAAUGUGUUUGUGUAUUUGAUUGAUAGAUGAUAAACAGUAUGAUACUUGAAACGGAGGAAGAGAAAAUGUCACACAACAGUGCCAUAUGCUUAUAUUACUGUUAGUUGGCUAAGGCUAGAUGGCAUACAGCAAAAACUACUGUGCAUGCGCACAUCAAUGUAGCUUAAUGUUUGUACAACACAUUGUAUAACAAUAAUGACUAUUUUUGCAUUAUUGUAAGGGGUAGGUUUAGGUUAGUUGCAGACGUUAAGGAAACACAAUCUAAUCGUUUUUUGCUGUAUCCCUUCCAGCCACAACCCUGUUAAGUGCUCAGUUUGAUAUGUUGUGUGUGUUUGUGCCUGUGUGAUUAAGAAAAGGAGGAUUUUUAGUUAUGUAUUUAUUAUAUUAUGUAGGUUAAGACAAGAACAAUACAUUCAAAUGCAUAAUGUGGAAUGGAUACUGAAUAUUGGAGUAUAUGAAUACAAAUAUAAAGAAUGACUGUGUAGAACGUUUGCAAUAUCUUA